AUGGAUUAUACGAAAUAUGCCCUUUCACAGUAUCUUGAAGGUAUGCCAAGGGAUGAUGAGGAGAAAGCCGACAAGUCAGACUCUGUUCAUCACAUGUUAUGCGCGUUGAAGCUGAUUUUGAAAUUACUCAAGUGGUUUAAAAAAUUACCCGAAAACCUGCAAUUUCUGAGUGCACCUAUUUUGAAGCAAUUAUGCUCAAAUCUAAGUCAACCAUCUCAUGAAUUAGAUUUGAAUUAUGUUUGUCGGUCUUUGCUAAGGAAUGUCAUUGGUCAUAUGACAUUGUCCAACACCCCCGAAACUGCUACUGAUAUCUCCUUGAAGGACUUGAGCAUUAUUCUUGAUGAUGUUGUGAGUAAAAUUUGUAGCAGUUUGAUUGAUGAUGGAAACUUAACCACAAACCCCCAUCCCUUUUGCCCCUUGAGGGUUGAUGUAGAAGAUUUUAAACGAAUCAUGCUACUUAUGAAGAGCCUUCGUUAUCAAGAUUUAAGACAAUACAAAAAGAAGGACAUCGAAGGUCUUUGUCGCAUUUUCUCGAACUUAUUUGAAAAAAUGGGUUUUUCUUUGAGUAAAGUGGUGGAGAUGUUGCAAGGCUCCAUUAAUGAGGGGUCUUGUAAUCAUAUUGUUAUCCUGCAUGAAAUUCAAAUUGUUACUCAAUUGUUUCCGGUAAUUAAAGAUGAAUUCUGGAUGAUGUUAAGACAUCAGAAGCUUCCAUUUUGUUAUUUGUUGAUAAAAUACAGUGUGAGGGGUGAAAAUUACGAGUGGGUGUUGGAGCACAAAGAAGUAACAACUUCAGAGUGUAGAAGACAUCUGGUAUUGUUAUUGUUUCCUGAAGUCAACAAUUAUGCGGAACUCUCUAACUGGAAAAUCAACAGAGCACAAGUGUUUGAACAAUCCUUCGAAUAUGUCAAUGCCACACCAAAACACACUCUACGAGCUGGAUUACCUAUUCAGUUUCUAGAUGAGGUAGCUGAAGGUCCCGGCGUCGUUAGAGAGUGGUUCUGCUUGGUUUGUGAGGCCCUGUUUGAUCCUCAAAAGGAAUUAUUUGUAGCUUGCCCACAUGACCUCAAACGAUUUAUGCCAAAUUCAGCAUCAACAAGCAAUCCUCAGUACUUGGAAUUUGCUGGCCGGAUGGUGGCAUUGGCUCUAAUGCACAAAGUAGCUAUUGGUGUUCGACUUGACCAAGUACUUGCUGAGAGAUGUGUUUCGCUUGAAGAUAUACGGGAUGCAGACCCGACGUCAUACCGUAACUAG